CUUUUGUUUGUUGCUGAAGCAGACCGCGACGCCAAUUCCUGCCUUUCCACCUACGUAAACACGUAGGCCAUUCAAGGCGGAUGGGCGAGCGACCAUGGGCCCACUUGUGCACUUUGUCCAAACGGGGAAGCCGGAGCAAGGGAGGGAAAGGGAGGCAUCGGGCGGCGGAUGAGCAUUUCCCAAUUGCGAGUGAGCUGCGCUCCGCGGCGCGGCGCGGCUCGGCUCGGCUCGGCUCGCCGGCUGCUUCCAUUUGUGCUCCACGCCGCCGCCACCGCCACCGCCGCCACCGCCGCCUCUUCACUUCAUUCUACUCAAUCAAUUGGUGGAACUAGAGGCUCGUUUGGGUGGCAAAUUCGUCUUUAUCUUGACACACUGAGGGCGCCACAGCCACAACGGCCAAGGCACAUCGAAGUUUCGAGCUCGGCAGAGGAACGAGGCAGGCAGGCAGGUACAACCCGACUGUUGUGAUGACUCGCAACUCGGAGGUCGGCGGCGGCGGCACCAUGCCCUCGGCGAUGGAGCGCCCCGGGGCCGGCGUGUUGUCCAGGAGCCGAGCCAAGACGGUAACCAACGGCAACAGCCGGCCGCAUUCCGAGGAGGAGAGCAGCGACGAGGAGCACGCUCACGACAGCAUGAUCCGCGUGGGAGGAGACUACCAGGCCCAGAUCCCAGAGUUCAAAGCAGACGGCCCGGCCCGUGACGACGAGAAGGAGCAGAAGAGCAUGCUGGUGUGGCGUCCCGACGCCCGUCUGUCGGACGCAACGUUGGACGAGUACAUCGCCAUGGCCAAAGAGAAGCACGGCUACAACAUGGAACAGGCCCUGGGCAUGCUGCUGUGGCACAAGCACGACGUGGAGCGCUCGCUGGCCGACCUGGCCAACUUCACGCCCUUCCCGGACGAGUGGACGGUGGAGGACAAAGUGCUGUUCGAGCAGGCCUUUGGCUUCCACGGCAAGAGCUUCCACCGCAUCCAGCAGAUGCUCCCCGACAAGCUCAUCUCCAGUCUGGUCAAGUACUACUACGGCUGGAAGAAGACGCGGAGCAGAACCUCCGUCAUGGACCGGCAGGCCAGGAGGCUGGUAAGCAAGAGGGAGAAAGAAGACAGCAACGACGAGCUGGAGGAAGGAGAUCCCGGCAGCGACUGCGACUUUGAGCUGGACGCCAAGAAAGAGGCGGCCGCACAGAAUGCGGGCAGCGGCGGCGGCGCCGCCAUCUCGGACAAGGCGCUUCCCGGCCGCCCGGGGCCCGCCAAGAAGGAGAACGCUGGGGCGCAGUACCGCCACCACCCGCUGCGAGCGCGUCGCCGCCCGCCAAAGGGCAUGCACCUGGAACGGGCCGACAUCACCUCGCUGUCAGCCUCGCGCGACUCGGGCCCGCUGACCGUCAGGCAGCUGGACGCCCGGCUGGUGUCGCUCAAGCGACAGGUCCAAAGUAUCAAACAGAGCAACGGCGCUCUGAAGCUGAGCCUGAGCGGGGGUGUCGACGCGUUCAGGCCCGCUGAGCCCGCCCCAAAGAUGAACGCUCGCUGGACUACGGAGGAGCAGCUGCUGGCGGUGCAAGCCAUCCGCCGUUACGGCAAAAACUUCACCGCCAUCGGCGAGGUGAUCGGAAACAAGACAUCGGCUCAGGUGAGCUCCUUCUUCGUGAGCUACCGCCGCAGGUUCAACCUGGACGAGGUGCUGAGGGAGUGGGCCGCCGAGGAGGCGCUGGCCCGGGACCCGAGAAGGGUCGGCGUGGAGACGGCCGCCGCGCAAGGGGGAGCCGAGGACCAGGUCAAGAUGGAGGAGUCUCCUCCGGAGGCGGCCGAGGGCUCCUCGCCGCCCUGCUCGGGCCAAACCCCCUCGUCCCUGUCCCAGCCUCCCCCGCUGCUGCGCCCGGCGCCGCCCUCGGCGCCGCCCAGCCUCCUGCGCCAACCCCCGCCGCUGCAGACCCGCCCGCUGCAGAACCGGGCCCCUCACAACCACCCGCCGCCACCCCUCAUUCGGCCAGCUGGCGCCACAGGCUCCUCCGGAAGCUCCUCGCCCUCCGCCGCCGCCGCCAUGCAGAUCCUGCCGCCGUCGCUGCUGGGGAUCAAGGUGGAGCGGGCCAACUCGCACUAACAGAAGAAAUGCGGCAAAUUGAACGCUCGGGCGGAAAAUCAUCCAAAUUGGAAACUUUCCAUGGGCGGGGAUGUCAAUGGGAGAGCUUUCAUAUUCAAGCACGUCGCUUUUCUUUUCACACACCGCAAGUGAAUGCCUUCUCAUGACGUAGUUGUGUUCUUGUGCGUUUAGAUUUCCCUUCUCAGUGAAUAUUUUGUUGAUUCAGUGUUCUGGGGAGAGCUACAAAAAUCAAAGUUCCUUGUUGCGAGCCAACCUUGGCUGCUUCGUUAUACCCAUGAAUGGAAAGUUUGCCACUUUGGAAAUGGGCAGCACGAGCGCGCCUCCCAGUCUUUGUUUGAUAGCUGCAGUGUCACGCCUACCUCUAGAGAGCGCGCGCACGCACACACACGCACACGCACACACACGCAUACACACACACAAACGUCGAGCAGCUCUAAACGCUCGCUCCGCAGUUGACACAGCUUUUUGUGUUCCAACUGGAAUCGUCAAUGAGAAGAAAGCGGGUAGCCCUUUCAAAGAGCUCAGGCAAAUGUUGAGCGAGCCGCUUCUCGCAGCCAUGCUAAGACGUGGAGGGAAGGUUUGCAUUUGUUUUAACUAGACUUAAGAUGAGCUCUUAGCUAGACAAGACUUUAGGUCGUUUCUUAUUGUUGACUAAGCACUAGGUGGAGUCGGGUCGUCUUCCCUCGCCCCCUACAACUUAUCCGGCUAAAGUCAGUUCUCGCUUUAAAAGCACAAAUGAGGAGAAAGAACAAGACUGACUUUCUCUUGACAGCUGCUAACAUGGUUUGAUACAGGAACCUUGUUCAAACUAUUGCGAUUCACCUGUUGUCUUUUGAUUGGGAGCAUGUUUGAGUGACUUCAUUGACGCUAUUUGUGUUCGGCUCUGGAGCUGGCUUGCAUUGGCAUUCCUUUUGCAAGUUUACACAGUCAUGCAAAAAAAAAAAAAAACUGGCUUGUGCAUACUGUAUGUUUCCAUUUGUUUUUGUUUUUCUAGAAUAAAGGAACGACUACUGUUGAGUUUCCUGCAGGAA